UACAGAACUACAGAGGGGAGAAGAAGAAGAAUACUAAAUAAUAGCCCUGUCUGCCGGUUCGUAGCCUUUAGUUUUUUUAUACCGGGAUCCGACCUCGUCCGCACGUCGUCGUCGGACCCGAACCCGAACCCAGUUUCGUCUCUUCUCUCCCUGUGGGGUCGUGAGGGAGGGAGAGACAGAGUGAAAUUGAAUUUUUUUUUUUUUCGUUUUAGUUGUUUUUCUUUUUUUUUUUUUAAUCUAAAAAAAAAAAAAAAAGCAAAAGCUUCAGGAUUCUGUAGUGAGCUAGUCAUAAUGGGCAUUUGUGCAUCAACACCAGUACACAGUAUGAAAGUAAGGAGGCGGCGGAGAUACCGGUUCUCCAAAUGGCACCGGAAAGUUUCCAAUUCUGUUGUUGAUGCCACCAAGAAAAAGAGUCGUGAUUCAGGAUCUCGUGUAGCAGAUUUCGCUGUUAGUCAGUAUGUGCAUAUGGAUGCUGGCAAAAGAUCUGAGCUUCCCAAUACGACAUUCCAUCUAAGGCAGUUGCAAUGGCACCUUAGUAGAGAACUUGAUGCAAAUGUAAUUUGCCAAGAGGAUGCUUGGUUCGACUCAGUCAGUAUUCUGGAAUCCGAUUCAGACGAAGACUACAGUAGUGUGCAUGGAGAUGGUUUUCCGAUAGUGGGUAAUACAAUCGGGAACAUCUCAGAUGGCCAAGUGGUUCAGUACGAAAGUUCUGCGUGCAUUAUGGACGACGAGGGUCAAUAUGAAGAGUACCAUGAGAGUUAUGUAGAAAUAGAUAGAGGUAAAGCGGACAAAUAUUUGAGCAAAGAUGACCUUUCACGCUUGGGGAAGACUGAUGAAAUUUGCAGCAAUAGGAAGAAAGUAUUAGAUCAUUGUUAUGGAAGCUUUAAAGGUCUAAUAGAUGAUAGACAUGACUCUGAAGAGAACAACCUGAAAUCAGGCUUGGCUCGGGUGGUACCUACUGUAAGUUUCGGUGACAAGAGUUUGAGUUCAGCAAUUUCAGGUCCACAGCCUCAAAGAAAGAAAUCAGCAGUUUUCAGGCUUUCUUUUAAGAGGAGAUCAUGUGAUGGAGAAGAGACUACUGAACUAUGUGCUUCAAAAAGAUUCGUGUAUCGACCCAAGGCUGGAUUCAUAAUUCCACGUUGCAUGCAAGAGAAGCCAUCUCCAGGGUGUUGGUCAGAAAUCCCACCAUCAACUUUUAAACUCCGUGGCGAGUCAUAUUUCAAAGAUAAGCGAAAGUCUCCAGCUCCAGAUCACUGUCCGUACGUACCAAUAGGUGUUGACCUAUUUGUCUGCCCAAGAAAGGUAAAUCACAUUGCACAGCAUCUUGAGCUUCCUAAUGUGAAAGCAGACGGGAGCGUCCCUCCACUUUUGAUUGUAAAUAUUCAGUUGCCUACUUAUCCCGCUGCAAUGUUCCUUGGAGAUAGCGAUGGUGAAGGGAUGAGCCUUGUUCUAUAUUUCAAACUUUCCGAGAACUUUGAGAAAGAUAUAUCUCUCCAUUAUCAAGAGAGCAUCAAGAAAUUGGUCGAGGAUGAAAUGGAAAGGGUUAAAGGAUUUGCAAAAGACUCCGUUGUUCCUUUCAGAGAAAGACUAAAGAUUUUGGCUGGAUUGAUUAAUCCUGAGGAUCUCAACUUGAGCUCUACCGAAAGGAAACUCAUCAAUGCUUAUAAUGAAAAACCAGUCCUUUCUCGCCCUCAGCACAAUUUUUACAAGGGCCCGAAUUACUUCGAGAUCGAUCUUGACCUUCACCGGUUCAGCUACAUAUCAAGAAAGGGACUUGACGCAUUUCGGGAACGUUUGAAAACUGGAGUACUUGACGUGGGUUUAACCAUCCAGGCGCAGAAGCCAGAAGAGCUGCCAGAAAAAGUUCUAUGCUGUUUGAGACUUAACAAGAUUGAUUUUGUUGAUCAUGGCCAAAUUCCCACGCUAAUGACAACCAUUGAUGAUGAUAGCUAAACUGCAGAGAUGAGAAUCCCACUCAAAAUUACAAGACACACCCUCUAUGUAGUUGAAGAUGUAGAUGUCCAUCCAUUACAUGGUCAAACAAACUUCGUGCAAUUUCAAAGCUUUUGUAAAUUAGAAAGGGGAAAAUCACGACUUUGCUUUAAAUAAUUAACCUAAAAUAACUUAAGAUGUUCUUUACUUCUGUUAAGGCAAUAAGAUAUAUACUUCUCUGUA